UAAUCUGUAUUUAUUGUUUAUAGGCGCAUCACAUGACCAUUUAUUUGUCCCCGUGACCAAGUUGAGAAAAUUCAAAAAUAAUAACGCGCAAUGUCCAAAGUGGAAUUAAAGGUGGACGUAGAAGAAAAUUCACUUGAUAACAGUGCUGACAACGAAUUACUAGUGGUAAUGGAAGAUCCAAUUUACGAGGAUAGCAAAGACAACGUACAAUUAGUAUCGCCGAGCUUUUUAGACAACAACGAAGAAGAAAAUAAUACGCCCUACAAUUUUCGCGACUUGUCUGGUGCAGUAACUUACAAACUAGUCCAUAUGACCGGAGAAAAAAGUAACAAUAAUAUGGCAUCUCAUUCACCAGCACAUGUAAUUCCUAAUGGUGAAUUUUUUGUAAUAACCAAUUCUGACGAGGUGUUCACAACUGCGCCAGCUCAAAAGAAAGCAAUAAGAAGGCAACCAUUGCAAACAAAAGCAGUCACUACUGCUAAGAAACGGGAUGACAAGAGACGCGCGACACACAACGAGGUUGAACGACGGCGUCGGGAUAAAAUCAACAGUUGGAUCACAAAAUUGGCAGCUCUAGUCCCCAACUCAGGUCUACCUGAUGCCGCAAGUAAAGGCGGAAUACUGGCUAAAGCAUGUGAUCAUAUAACAGACCUAACGGAGAAACAAAAAAGGUUGGAAAAAUUAGAAGUGGACAAUGAUAAACUUGUAUUAGAAAUAUUGAGACUGAAUCAAGAGCUGACGAAAUUGAGGGAAGAAAAUACUUCAAUGCGGCAACAAUUGGCUGAGAACUGCCAAGUGCCGCAAACUUACCAUAGACCAAGAGGGCAGAAGUCUUAGUUCAUGGUAUACAGUGAAUGAACUUGAACAAAUUGUAAUUUGUGCAUGAACAAGGUGCUGUUUUAAUGCUUAGUGAGGUAUGUGACUAUAUUUAGGGAAAAAAUAACUUGUAAAUUCUGUUUUUCAUGUUUUGGUUUUUUUAUUUUCAUUCUUUGUUGAAAUUAAUAUGUAAAUUGAUGAUAGAUGUAACUAUUGGGUCU